CAGAUGGCAUCAGCAAGCACAUCAUCCAUUGUCUGGGAAUGUUUAGACAUCACAACAUCCCAACCGAAUCCUCUCCUUCAAACCAUUCGAGCCAUUCCAUGUCAUUCACUAUGGGCAUCCCAAUUGACAGUAUGUGUCCAGCAAUACGGUGAUCGGUGACAGGUGCCUCGGUACAGGUCGCACGCCUCCUCCGCACAACGGCCCCGCUGGCGACGAACCCCAGAUCGUUUUGUAUGUAAUGGUGCCUGGAAACGGACUAGCGCCCCCCCAUGGUGUCUGAGGGAACCUCGGCACAUGUCAACUUGAAUCGAUGUCCAGCCAGAUUCCCACCUGACCUCCUCUUUCCGACUUGUUCAAAACAUCAUCGACCCUUUGUCUUCCUCGCACUUUCUCGCGUCUUCAUCGUUUUUAUCUUGCUAGCGAUACCACUGUUGUUCAGUUGCUGUACAUCAUAUUCUUCAAAAUGGCCUCUCCUCAGCAAAUCCGUACUCCCAUCACCGAUCUUUUCAAGAUCAACCACCCCAUCUUCCUGGCCGGCAUGAACGUCGCUGCCGGCCCCAAGCUGGCUGCUGCUGUUACCAAUGCCGGCGGUCUCGGUGUGCUCGGUGGCAUCAACUACACUCCCGACAUGCUUCGCGACCAGAUCGACGAGCUCAAGUCCCACCUGAAGGACAAGAACGCUCCCUUCGGUGUCGAUCUCCUCCUGCCCCAGGUCGGUGGUAACGCCCGCAAGACCAACUACGACUACACCAAGGGCAAGCUUAACGAGCUUAUCGACAUCAUCAUCCAGUCCGGUGCCAAGCUCUUCGUUUCCGCCGUCGGUGUUCCCCCCAAGCACGUCGUUGACAAGCUCCAUGCCCACGGCAUCGUCUACAUGAACAUGAUUGGCCACCCCAAGCACGUUAAGAAGUGCCUCGAUCUCGGUGUCGACAUCAUCUGCGCGCAGGGUGGUGAGGGUGGUGGUCACACCGGUGACAUUGCCACCACCAUCCUCAUCCCUGCCGUCGUCGAGGCCUGCAAGGGUGCCAUAUCUCCCCUCACCAAGAAGGAGGUUCUCGUCGUCGCUGCCGGUGGUAUCCACAGCGGUCCUCUUCUCGCCUCGGCCCUCAUGAUGGGCGCUUCCGCCGUCUGGGUUGGUACCCGCUUCGUUCUCUGCGAGGAGGCCGGUGCCUCCGAGGCCCACAAGGAGGCGGUCCGCACCGCCAGUUUCUCCGACACCAUCCGCACCCUCAUCUUCACCGGCCGUCCCCUCCGUGUCCGCAAGAAUCCCUACAUUGAGAACUGGGAGACGGAGCGCGCCCAGGAAAUCAAGGAGCUUACCUCCAAGGGCAAGCUUCCCUACGAGGCUGACCUCGACAAGCUCAUGUCCGGCGCUGCCGAUAUCCCCCAGGCCAUGAAGGAUGCCUACAAGGCCGACAACGGUAGCGAGGAGGUUGAUGUCGACGACCUCCUCGACCACUUCCAGCCCUUCCUCAUGGGCCAGUGCGCCGCCGUGUGCAACGAGAAGAAGAACGCCAAGCAAAUCGUUGACGAGUUCAUCAACGACGCUGUUGCCGUUAUUCGCAAGGGCAACUCCUUCAUCACUGUCCCAUCCAAGCUAUAAAACAAAGUGUUGGUGCUUCUGGUUUCGUUUGUCUGCAUUAGGGGUUUCCCUAUAGGUGCCUAGUUUGUUGGCUAGCAUAUACCACUCUCGCAUACCCUAUAUGUAUUGAUAGCUUUGGCGCUUGGUCUCCUUUUUUGUCUUUUAUUUUGUUUGUUUUUGGUUAUGAGGAAAAUGACACGAGAUUUGAAUCAUGUUUAUGUUCUGGAUCUGAUUCAUCAUGAUUUAGCAAGCAACUCAAUGCAUUCCCUGGAGCAUGAGGCCGUUGUCGCGACGCAGCCGCGUUGUGUGGCCUUCUCCGCUCACGAUGCGUCCCCGAAUACCUGCAUUGGUCAUCCUUGGGCAUCAGUUUUCGGAGUUCAUCAAGCCGAGAGGUAAGCAGGUUGAUAUGACAUGUCUUAGCUUCGCAUAGCAGCAGGGAGCCUUGUAGGAUUUAUACAUGGGGUUGAUGGUGUUUA